AUGGAGGUUCGGUGGUUUAAAAGUGACUUUUCAGCGCCAGUGCAUUUGUACACCGCUGGCCGUGAUCAGCCCACCGUACAGGACGCAGCUUACAAAGGCAGGACGGAGCUUUACAGAGAAGAGUUUCCUCGUGGGAAUGCCUCUCUCAAACUGAAGAAUGUAAAUGCACAUGACAGUGGGGAAUAUAGGUGCUUCAUUGACUACAAAGAUGACUACGAUGAAACAAAGAUCUUACUAACAGUUGGAGGUGUGGGACAACAGCCUUGGAUUGACCUGGAAGGAACCUAUCAUCACGGAGUUCGUCUUGUGUGUAAAUCUGACGGCUGGUACCCUGUACCAACUGUGUACCGGUUGAACGGGAAUGAGGAGAAUGUGACGAGACAAUCUGUGACGACACGAAAAGACCAGUCCAGUGGCCUUUUCGCUGUUUUCAGUCAGAUUGAUGUGACAAGUGAUUCUGUGAACAAGUAUUCCUGUAUAAUGAGAAACAAUGUACUGAAUGAAGAGAAAAUGGCCCAAAUCCAAUUGUCAGUUUCUGUGACCCUAGAUGGCGAAACUGCAAAUCCUAAACUUGGACUGAAAAACCAGAACAGUGUGAAACUGACCGAGGCCGAGCAGAAUUGCCCGGACACCGGGAAAUGCUUCACAGAACUGGAAUCCGUGCUGGGGCUGGACGAAUUCCAAUCAGGGCGAUAUUAUUGGGUGGUGGAGGUAGGGAUGAAUCGGAACUGGAGUCUGGGAGUUGCCACAGAGACUGCCGAGAGGAACGGGAGUGUUGAACUGACACCGGAGAAUGGAUUCUGGACCAUUGGGCGUGUGGGAGACGAGUUUCACGCAAACGACUCUACUCCCAUCGCCCUCAGCACCAGGCGUGUCCCCGAGAAUCUGGGAAUAUAUCUCAGCUACGAGUCCGGGAUAAUUUCGUUUCACAGCUUGCCUACAAAGACCUGUGUCCACACCUUCACUGUAGACAAAUUCGAGGGGAAACUUUAUCCUUUCAUCAGUACCAGCCACGUUGACAAUUGGGUGAAGGUGUCCUCUGGGUCUGUGCUGGAUUUGCAUAAAGAGCCACGUUCCAGGGGCACCCUCCGGAACAGGUUUCGGAGGCUGUGGAGUGGAAAACCCUACUGA